CGGGCCGCCGCUGAGCGCGAGACGCGGAGGGAGCCGAGGAGGAGCCGGAGGAGCCGGAGGAGGAGGAGGAGGACGACGACGACGAGGAGGAGGAGGAGAAGGGCCGGCGCCAUGGCGGAGCAGACCUACUCCUGGGCUUAUUCCCUUGUGGAUUCCAGUCAAGUAUCCACGUUCCUAAUUUCCAUUCUUCUCAUUGUUUACGGCAGCUUCAGGUCUCUGAACAUGGACUUUGAGAACCAAGACAAGGAAAAGGACAGCAGCAACUCGGCUGGACCCUUCAAUGGCGGGAGCACCAAUAACAGUAUCCAGACCAUUGAUUCGACACAGGCGCUUUUCCUGCCCAUUGGGGCAUCUGUCUCUCUCCUGGUUAUGUUCUUCUUCUUUGACUCGGUUCAGGUGGUUUUUACAAUAUGCACAGCAGUCCUUGCAACCAUAGCCUUUGCUUUCCUCCUGCUCCCAAUGUGCCAGUAUUUAACACGACCUUGUUCACCUCAAAACAAGAUUUCCUUUGGAUGCUGUGGGCGUUUCACUGCUGCAGAGCUGCUCUCUUUCUCGCUCUCUGUGAUGCUCGUCCUUAUCUGGGUCUUAACUGGGCACUGGCUUCUCAUGGAUGCUCUGGCCAUGGGCCUCUGUGUGGCAAUGAUUGCCUUCGUCCGGCUGCCGAGCCUUAAGGUCUCCUGCCUGCUGCUAUCAGGGCUAUUAAUUUAUGAUGUCUUUUGGGUCUUCUUCUCGGCCUACAUCUUCAACAGCAACGUCAUGGUGAAAGUGGCCACGCAGCCGGCAGACAACCCCCUGGACGUUUUAUCUCGGAAGCUUCACCUGGGGCCGAGCGUUGGCCGAGACGUCCCCCGCUUGUCGCUGCCUGGCAAACUUGUAUUUCCAAGUUCUACGGGCAGCCAUUUCUCCAUGCUGGGGAUCGGAGAUAUUGUGAUGCCAGGCCUCCUGCUUUGCUUUGUUCUGCGUUACGACAACUACAAAAAACAAGCGAACGGAGAUUCCUGUGGCACAGCAGGACCCGGGAACAUUUCUGGCCGGAUGCAAAAAGUCUCCUAUUUCCAUUGCACUCUCAUCGGAUACUUUGUAGGGCUCUUGACAGCAACCGUGGCAUCUCGCAUCCACCGGGCAGCCCAGCCGGCUCUGCUCUACCUGGUGCCCUUCACCUUGCUGCCGCUCCUCACAAUGGCCUACUUAAAGGGCGAUCUGCGCCGCAUGUGGUCGGAGCCGUUCCAUUCAAAGUCCAGCAGCUCACGGUUCUUGGAGGUAUGAUGGAGCGGACGGACAGCGGCCAAACUUCUGCCUGGUCCUUUUUUCACUCACAGCUUGCUUGCCGGUGCCUGAAGCUGGGCUGGUACUUAGGAGCAUUGCCAGUUUGUGGAACUUGUACAGAUGGACUUGCUGUAUUUCCAGGAGGAGAGGGCAGAGCUGCAGGGCUUCCUCUCCAGCCUCCCUUCCUCCUUGUGACUGGAGACCCCCCUGCCCGGCUCCCUUCUCCUCCCGGCCCCCCUCCUGUUUACAACUCAGUGCCAGACCAUCCGCUGUUCUUGAGGGGGGCAGGAGGAGGAGGAGGAGGAGGAGGCGGCCGCAGCAGCUUAGUUCAGAAAACGGCACCACCGGCUGAGUCAUUGAGGAACUUGUGAACACUACAAGGAAAAAUGGCCACAGCACUUGGAGUUUCCUGGAAAACCCCACCAGUACUUUGGAUCCUGUUUUUCCAUUGGACUCCAGUUUCGGAAAGAACUGAAUUUCUUCUCUCACUGUACUCGUUUCCCCCCUCCUCUCUCUUUCAUUUAUUUUCUCCUGUGGUGUGAGGUGACCUAUGACAUCCACAGACAUUGACUGACUUCUCGCAGUUAUUACACCAGAUUAAAAACUUUGUUAUAACAAGUUACAUUUCCACCCUGAUAUCAUAAUGCAGUGAAUAAGAGCACCACACACACACACACACACACACACACACACACACACACGCUCCUACACUCC